AUGAGGAAUCGAAGGGCGGAAGAUAAACCCGCUAAACCGGUGGCUAUCAAGUUACCAGCCUGGUUCCACCAGCGGAACAUGAAGCUGUCUGAUCAGUCCGCACAGGAGUCACAGCUACUACCCCUAGAUGUGCAGAUUUCCCAGAAGAGCAAAAAGGAGAACGCCGAGGAUGGCGACCAGCUCCGUGAGGGCCAGGGAGGUGAUGACGGUAGUGCCGGGAAGCCAGAUGAUGGCUCUCCGUCUAGCCCGGACUCUCGGUAUACACUCAGCCCAGAGGUAUGGCAGGAGCUAAGAGCAGCUGUACAGGCCGGUCUAACCUUGCCUGCUGCUCGAUACGCUCAUGACCCAGCCUCUGCAAAGCCCCAUCUUGUCUUACAGUACCCUGGUGAAGGCGGAAUUCUCUUUCUGGAUGCUGUGGUCAAAAGCCUGGCCACGGACCUGAAUACAAGCAUCGUCACACUGAAUGCACAGGACAUUGCCGAGCUAUAUGGCCAACAACGACAGGAAAGUGAUCAAUUGUCUAGCUCCAUGAUGCUUCUGCUUGGCUAUGACGUCUACAGGCCGGGACAACGGCAUACGCAGAAGGAGAUGGAGGAAGAAGCAGAGGAGAGAGAGGAAGAGGAGGAGAUGGAAGAUGAAGAGUCGGACCGCUGGUCUUCCCAGUCUGCCGUCCCCGUCACCAAAAUCAGCGCUGAUAUAUCAAGCUUGGUAAACCCAUCCAUACUGCAGUCUCUCUUCGGCGGUAAGGGUUCAUUUGGAGUCGCCAAGGUAGUCCUCCCCAGUGGUGAACGCAAGGAAGGCAUGGACUCGGAUGAGGACGUUCGAUGUCUACGACUGAUCAAUGAGCUCUUGGACGUGCCUCUAGGGAAGUGUGUGCAAGCUGAGCAUGCAAAGGAGCAGCCAUCUUCUACCCCUGAGCCCACCGAACCCAUUCAACCUGCUGAAGAUACCCCUACGACCCCGCCAUCCCAGCAAUCCUCAUCACCUUUGCCAAAGAAACCAACACUCAUCCUACAAAUACAAGACUACAAAGACCUACUCAACACCCGGGGGGGAUCCUUCUUCCUCUCACUAUUGCACAAAACCGUCAUGCGACGACGGCGCAACGGCGACCAGAUAGUUAUCGUCGGGACCGUAUCUGAGCCGGAAUCUGACAAGGGCCAUGAGAAAGCGUUCCCAAGGCUGACUCCAAGAGACUAUGACCAGCGUGCUUCAACCAUCGUCGUGCCUCCAGCAAUGUCAUCAAAGGCUGCAGAAGAAAUAUUUGCCAAAGAUGCAAAGAAGCGCAUCCUCGACAUCAACAUUCGACAUCUAAAAGUUAUGCUGAAGACCAGACUCAGAAGGUCCGGAACCGCUGCUCAGAGCCUCCUCAACGAUCAGCCCUGGGAGCUUGAGGAGGAGCUCAUUCGAACCUCGGGCCUUGAUACAGGAUAUUGGCCGUUCAGCCUUGUCCACCGCAUCUCCACACUCACCCUUGGCUGUAUAAAACCUGACGAAAGCCUGACACUAGACCAUAUUACCAAGGGUAUUGAGCUAGUAGGCAAAAGUGAUCAGGUCAAGUGUGACUGGCUAGGCGAGAAACAGAAUAAAGCAAAACCGUCGAAACCAUCUACCCAUAAGGAUAGACGGAAUAAACUACGACCGAAAUGCAAUACUCAUGAAGAGAAGCUCCUCAAUGGCGUGGUAGAUGCCGAAGGUAUAAAAACUACAUUCGCAGAUGUCCAUGUCCCACCUGAGACCAAGGAGGCCCUCAAGACACUUACCUCCCUUUCUCUCAUUCGGCCCGAGGCGUUUACAUACGGUGUCCUUGCAACCGACAAGAUACCCGGUCUACUUCUCUAUGGCCCUCCAGGCACAGGUAAAACAAUGCUUGCCAAAGCCGUUGCUCGCGAGAGCGGUGCUACCGUCCUUGAAAUCAGCGGAUCAGACGUCUACGACAUGUACGUUGGAGAAGGCGAGAAGAACGUCCGUGCCAUCUUCACCCUGGCCAAAAAGCUUACACCCUGUGUUGUCUUCAUUGAUGAAGCAGAUGCCAUCUUCUGCUCUCGAACAGGCGCAAGUAACCGCACCUCCCACCGAGAACUCAUCAAUCAGUUCCUCCGCGAGUGGGAUGGCAUGAACAGCCUCUCUGCCUUCAUUAUGAUAGCUACAAACCGGCCGUUUGACCUGGAUGAUGCCGUGCUCCGCCGUCUACCCCGUCGUUUACUCGUUGAUCUACCCACGGAACAGGACCGUUUGGCCAUUCUCAAGAUCCAUCUCAAGGAUGAACGUCUUGCGCCAUGCGUAGAUCUAGCCGAUAUUGCUGAGAAGACACCAUUCUACUCUGGCUCGGACCUGAAGAACCUUUCAGUUGCGGCUGCACUAGCCUGUGUCCGAGAAGAGAAUGACAUCGCUGCACAGCACAAGGGAGACGAACCGUACAAGUAUCCCGAACACCGCACUUUGCGCAAAGAACACUUCGAAAAGGCAAUGGAAGAGAUAAGCGCAUCAAUCAGUGAAGACAUGUCAUCUCUAACUGCUAUCAGAAAGUUUGACGAGAAAUAUGGUGACCGCAAGGGACGGCGAAAGAAGGCUCAUGGCUUAGGCUUUUCAGCUCCCAACGCCGCCGACGCCCCUGGUGCUGAAACUGGCCGUGUUCGAAAUUAG